CUCACGACGUGUCCUCAGAUCUCCAGAGAUCAUUGUGGUCCUGCUCUCUUGCCCUCUCUUCCAAGACGUUGCACAUGUCCUGAACCUCGUGUUGCCGUUGGCUGUGGUCAUCAAAGACACGAGCGAGAGGUGUCAGACAACGCUGAAAGGCUGGUGGUCCGCCAUGUCAGCCGCCACGCUGUUGACGCACAUCAGGUGUUCAAAAACGCUCUGGCGUUUACCAUCAAGAGUCAACUCCUGGAGACACACAUUCCAGGCGUGAAAGCUGUGUUGGAGGUCCUAAAGCUCCUCUACAAGGUCAACAAAAGAGUGACGCCCCACAAAGUCCCGCUCGACACCUUUUAUGUCGAGGAAAUUGCUGACUCUCACCUCACGGUGGAUAUUCCUCUUUGGUUAUCAUUCUAUCAUCAUGAGGAUGAGCAGAGCACACCUGUCAUCUUUUGCCGCUACCCCUUCCUGCUCAGUUUGCACUGGAAAACGUUGGCUUUCGCGCUGAUUGCAGGAGCUUGGCAACGUGUACACAGCCAACUUCCACGGGUUCCGGAUUUCUUUCAGUAUCACGGCUUGGAGGCGCCGGUCUUGAAGCUUUCAUUGAGACCGAGUCACCUUCUGGAGGACACCUUCAGACAACUCAGCAUCGUGGACCACAGUGCCUUCAGAAAGGCGCUCGUGGUGCAGUUUGAGGACGACAAAAAGAUGAUGGACGUCAACAAGAGCGACCUCUUCCUCCACGUCUUUGACGAGCUGAUGGACCCCCAGUCCAACUUGGUGGUGUACAACGAGGGACACACGCUGGCCUGGUUCCCCGCCAAGCCCGAGGCGACGGAGAAGACGUACUUCCUGUUCGGGGUUCUGUGCGGCCUGGCUCUGUACAACUGCAACGUGGUGCACCUGCCCUUCCCACUGGUGUUCUUCAAGAAGCUGCUCGGCGUCAAAGCGACACUGGACGACUUGAAGGAGUUUGAACCCACGGUUGGAGAGAGUUUGCGUUGCAUCUUGGAGGACUACAGCGCCGAUGAUCUCAAAGACAUGGACACCACUUUUACGGUGACUUGGGCAGGCGAUAAAGUUGAGCUCGAUCCCGAAAACACUGAAAAACUUGUCACAGCGUCCAACAAGAAAGAGUUUGUGGCCGCCUUUGUCGACCACGUCUUCAACAAGUCGGUGGAGGGUGUGUUCGAGGUGUUCAAGAGAGGCUUCCUCAAGGUGUGCAUUGCUGAGGUGCUGGACUGGUUCCUGCCGGAGGAACUGCAAGCGGUGAUGGUGGGAAAUGAAGAGUACGACUGGGACGUCUUUGAGCAGAACACCGUGUAUGUCGGAGAGUACCACGCCCAACACCGCAACAUCCUCACCUUCUGGCAGGUGUUCCACAAGCUCAGCCAGGAAGAAAAGAAGAAGUUCCUUUUGUUCCUCACAGGCAGCAAACGCGUGCCAGUGGAGGGCAUGGCCCGCAUCCGGAUGAAAGUUGGCAUCUUGCCCAACUCCACCGACCUCCAUUACCCAGAAGCCCUCACCUGCCAUGACCUUCUCUUACUGCCGCUGUACCCGCGCUAUCCCAUGGGGAGGCAGAUGCACAACCGGCUGGUUCAGGCCAUCAAUCACAGUCGUGGUUUCAGCAAGACGAACACACACCAAGCUGAGUGACGCUUACUUGCUUCAAACUUUCACUGCUAGUCUCUUGCUUCCGUUCAUCCUUUAACCCGAGCCCUGCUGUGAUCUGAGUGGGGAGGCUUUUAGAAUUUUUACAAUGUUAAUAAUGCAAACAUGAUAUGCAUGUGUUAAAAUAAAGGUUUUAGCAAGCAAAAAAAAUCUGUUUG